UUUUGUUGUCAUUAAAAUUGUUUUUUUUUCUUUUCUUUUUCUUUUUCUUUUUCUUAUCCUUUUUUAUUGAUUUAUCUAGCUAGUAUGAACACUCAAUUAACAUAUGGUCAAGCCUGUUGUCUGGUUCUUGGCUUUCCCCCCACUAAAGAAAAUCGUGAAAAAGCAAAGCAAUACUUUCACACAAGUCUUCUAGAUGUGUGUUAUAUUGAUUCACUUGGACCAAGGCGUUCCAUUGCAAUGGUUCGAGGUCUUAUUUCUCGUGAUCCUUUCACAUACCGCUCCUUUACUACCACUCGCCCUUCAAGUCCAAUUGAAGUGCCUGAUUGCUCAACAGAGGAUACGGAGCAUAUCAAUGAUGAUAGUGAUGAAAAAGAUGAAGCUGAUGAUACUUCUGAACUUCUACCCGUAACGAAGGAAGGUGUUUUACACAUCCUCAAAAAAAUCUUCUUAAGUACACAGCCCUCUAACAGCGAAAUGCACGAAAAGAUGUUUGUAGAUCAAGCAAAUCUUCAAUCGAUUCUAUCAAAGUACUUUGUUGAAGAACCAAAAUUAAGUUCAAAAGUCAUGCAAUGGAUGGGUGCAGAUGGUUCGUUUGGUAGAGUAGAAAGAAUACGCGUAUCAGGAGCUCAAGCACGUGGUCGUUGGCUUUGGAGACUUAAAAAAUGCUAUCAUAUGCCUAUUAACUUCUACAAAGAAUAAAAAAGACAUGUAGAAGAAGAGGCAGAUGUAGUAACAAUCGGGUAUGCUCGAAAGUCCUAUGGAAAUGAAGCCAUAUUAACACAUAUUCGCCUACUACAGCUUCAAGUUGACAAGUUGCGUGAUAGAUGUCUCGCAAGAAAGGUGUUUGUCUCUUCUCAUUGCAGUGCUGCAAUGCCUUUGGAAGCUCGUGAUAAGAAGCAAGGUGAUAACAUGGUAAGAAAUGGCCAGUUGAAUAACUGUGCUGGAACUAUGCAAGAUCUGAUUCAUAGAUUACGAACGAAUAUGAAGCCAGUAAGAUUAGUUGUGAUUGAUUACGCUGGUCUCUCCACGGAUUUCGAGGAUAUUCAUCUGUUUGUUAGC